ACUAGGUUUAUAUUUCCCUGUCAACGCAUGCGCGAAAGAUAUUGAUUGUCUUUAACUACUUGAAUUCUGCAACAUUAGGACUGAAUUUCGUCUAGUCAUGACAUUAAGGUGUCUUGAAGAAGAUCAUUUCUCUCGGAAAACAACAUGUGAGGGAUAUCCCACUGAAACAUAUGCUGAACAGGCUGAAGUAGAAGACACAAUUCAUGAAUUAUUUAAAGCUUUCAAAAGAAAAUUAGAUUUGGAAGAUGAUAUCCCAAAGUUAAAUCGUGAAAAACACCUCUCCUUUCUAAAUAAGGGUACAGAAAAUCUGGGUCCUACUUAUUCAUGUCUAGAUUCGAGUAGGCCUUGGCUUGUUUAUUGGAUUUUAAAUUCUUUCCAAUUGCUUUCUUAUGAGAUCCCGGAAGCUCUAGGCGACAAGAUAUCUGAUUUUUUAGGAAGAUGCCAAUCUGAAACUGGAGGCUUUGGUGGAGGGCCUGGACAACUACCUCAUUUAGCCUCAACAUAUGCUGCCGUAUGCGCUCUGUGUAUAAUAGGAACUGAACGCAGUCUUAGCAUUAUAAACAAAGAUACAUUGAGGAAUUAUUUGAUGAAAAGUCAUCAAUUGGACGGCUCUUUCGUUAUGCACGAAGGUGGUGAAAUAGAUAUUAGAGGAGUUUAUUGCGCCGCUGUUGUAGCAAAAUUAACAAAUAUGCUAAGCCCUGAGAUGUUUGACAACACUGGAGAAUGGUUAGCUAGUUGUCAGACUUACGAAGGAGGAUUUGGGGCAAUGCCAGGUUUGGAAGCACAUGGGGGAUAUUCCUUUUGUGGCCUUGCAGCCGCAAUCCUCCUGAAAAGAGAGAAGUUAAUAGACACACAGUCAUUUUUAAGAUGGCUGGUUCUUCGACAAAUGACAUUUGAAGGUGGAUUUCAAGGAAGAACGAAUAAAAUGGUUGAUGGGUGCUACUCUUUCUGGCAAGGCGGUGCUUUUCCACUUAUUCAUGUACUUUUAGAUUUAUCCACACCUGAAUAUAAAGAACUAUUAUUUGAUCAUAGAGCCCUGCAGGAAUAUGUGCUUAUAUGCUGUCAGCACCGAGAUGGUGGUUUGGUUGAUAAGCCAGGAAAAAAUCGUGACUACUACCACACUUGUUAUUGUCUAUCGGGCUUAUCAAUAGCUCAAAAUAGCUGUAAUGCCCUAGGAAGUUCCGAUCCAGAUAUUGUUGGCUGCUCUACUAACUUACUGUCUGCAGUUCAUCCAAUUUUCAAUUUCUCCUACACAUCAGUAAAAAGAGCUCUUGAUUUUUUCAACCAAGUUUAA